AUGACUGAAGCGUCUUCCCUGAAGCGGUCACCUACGACACCUUCUACACCAAGGUUAGCGGGUGAUUACAACAGUAAAAAGUUUAAAGGGGAAUUUAGUUCAUCACCAACGAAGUCAGGUAAGAAUAAAACUCCAUCGGUCAAAGAAUUGAUGAAGGAGAACAUUUGUCAGGCUCGAGAGCUCAAGAAGGUCAAGGAACUUCUGUCAUUUUUGGAACUCGAAAGAAAAGCUUCCAUGGAAAACUAUGGAACAUGA